CCGGGAUUGGUGGAGCGGCGCAGCCAAUGGAGAGGCGGCGCGCGAGCUGGGCGCGCUUGCGCGGCGGGUUUGAAUCGGCGGCAGCCGUUGGUGCGGGCGGGCGGCGCUGGGGCGGGGGAUGGAGGCGGCCGCGCGGAGUUACGAGGCUCGGAUACAGAGCUACCAAGGGAGCGACCCGCUGGAUCCGUGGGACAGGUAUGCGCAGUGGGUGGAAGGAUGUCUUCCCAAUCAAGAAAAGCAAAGCCGCCUGCCAAAUCUCCUGGAGCAUCUUGUGAAGACAUUCCUCAGCGAUGAGAGGUACCACCAGGACCCAAGAUUUAUUAACUACUGUAUUAAGCUGGGAGAGUUCAUCACUUCUCCUUGCCAAUAUUUUGACUACCUGUAUGGACAGGGAGUUGGUGCCAGGACAUCUACUUUCUAUGUUGCUUGGGCUCAGCAGCUUGUAAAUGAAGGCAAUGUGCAGUGUGCUGAAGCUGUCCUUCAGAAAGGACUUUGCAACCAGGCACAACCAAGAGAGAACUUGCAACAGCUGUAUCGCUGGCUGCAGAGUUAUGAGCCUCAGAAUCCUCCUCUGAUGCAAGUUGCUGCUGUUACGAAGCCACUUCAAACUUCCUAUGCUGAAAAUCAAAUGACUCCUCGAAAAGAUGUUCCAAACCUUAAUGAUCCAGAACGUGUUUGCAAAAAUCAGGGUCCUGAUUCUGCUGGUACUCAGUCCUGCUCUUCUGGUGGAACAGCAGAAGUAAAGUACAUCACAUACAUCUCCAAAUCUGAAGUUGUUCCUAAGUCAUCUUCAACUGUCGUUGAAUGUGAGCAGGUUGCAAUGUAUGAUAAAAGCCUGCUCAUUUGUGAAGGCUCUGAGCUUUCAUUUGAGGAGCUAAGAGCCAAGAGAUACUUCAACAAAUACGAGCGCCUCAGAAGACAGAAAGAAUGGGAAGAAGAAGAAAGAGACUCCAUAAAGAGGAAAGAAUCAGCUCUCCUUGAACUGCAAGCCCUUCAGCAGAGGCUGGAACAGCUCACUCAGCUCACCAAAAGCUUGGAGGAAACUAGACUGGAACAGUCAUCUGCAGUGUCAGCUGAGCCAAAUAAGACAAUGGUACAUCCACGUGUGACACCUGGUGUAGCUCUGCAGCAGAGCUGGAUGACAUCUUGUCAAAGCUCAGAUCUGCAAACUCCUCGGGGUCUGGUGCCAGACCAGCCUCAGUCAAGUGCUUUAUCAUCUACUGUUCUUACACUGCAGUCUGUUGAACCAGUUGGCCACCAGAUGACAUCAGCUUCCUUGUUAGAAGCAACAUAUAAGAAGGACACAUUCAAAACUCAGCCAGAGUUUGGAGGACUCCAGAACAGUUUGUUGCACACUCCAUUCAAUAAUGUUUCGGCUCAGGAACGGGCACAUCUAGACUUGACUCAUAAUCAGAGCACUGGAGAACGGCACUCUAACAAGAGAUCUACUGGACUAACUACCACUGUGGACAUGAAAGAAGCAUCUACAGUUGGAAAUUCUUCCUUUGCUUCUGCAAAUGCUUCUCAAGCUACACCAAACACUUCGCUGGGAGGACCAAUGCAGGCAACACCAUUCAAAGUGCAACCUUCACCUACAGUUCAUACAAAGGAAGCAUUGGGAUUUCUAAUGGAUAUGUUUCAAACACCCAUCUUGCCUGAACCAUCUCCUCUUGAAGAAAGUGAGGAGCAAUUUGAAGCCUUUUGCAGAAAAAGUGAGCCUGAUGGAAGUCUGAAAGUUAAUGACCCUGCCCCUGUCGUGCCUGUGUUUUCUAUCUUUGAAGAUGAGAAUGAAAAAGAGAAUGGCAGGAUCCCACAGCAUAGAAACAAGCCAGAAGAGCCCAGAACUAUUGGAGAACGUCCCUUGACUGACUGUGCAACACGUACAGAAGAAGAAAUACAGACAUCAGAGUUCCUGAAGGAUGAUACAGUGUGGUAUGCACCACACAGUAAUAAAACCUUGGCCUCAAGUCCAAACAACACAAGAGACUUUGCACGAGCUGCCCAGCUUGUAUCAACACCAUUUAAUUACUUAUCCACACAUUCACGACAAGCUUUGGAGGGAAAAGCCCGUGGGGAUGACUUGCUGCAAAUGGAUUUGGAGCCUUCUGAAGCACCAAACAAGCAGGCAAAAGCUAAGAAGCUAAGCCCUGCUCUUGAAUGCAUUGCGGAACAAGGAGAGCUUCAAGGAAAUGCUGUCUCUACAACUGUUUCUCAAAAACUACAUGAGCAAACUGCAACUAAUAGAACUGAAUAUUCCUUGUCUGCUGGGGUGGACAGAAUUUCCAUUGAAGAGCUGUCUGGAACUCAGCAGGACAGAACAGACAGGAGCAUUAGAAAUUCAGUCCUUGUUGAGGACCCUUGGGAUGAGGAAUUGAUUUGCAAAUUCUUAUCAAAGCUUCCUAAACCACUCAGUACCUAUGCCAACUAUUUUGAAUGGAAUUCUACUCUUCCAUCCAUCAAACUGAAGACUGAACUCCCACUGGGUUCCAACUCACUCCAUGUGGACUGCUUGCUUGGAGAAGGAGCUUUUGCUCAAGUCUAUCAGGCUUCCAUCCUGGAUGCAAGUAACCCUAAAAACAAUCAGAAAGUAAUAUUGAAGGUCCAAAAACCUGCCAGUCGUUGGGAGUUCUAUAUAGCAACACAACUGGUAGAAAGACUUAAUCCAAGUAUACACCAUCUGUACAUCCACUUCUAUUCUGCUCAUUUCUUUCAAAAUGGAAGCAUUUUGAUUGGUGAACUCUACAACUAUGGAACAUUGCUGAAUGCCAUAAACAUUUACAAAAAGCUUCCUGAAAAGGUGAUGCCUCAAGCACUUGUAAUCUAUUUUGCUGUAAAAAUUCUUUAUAUGGUAGAAGAGCUCCACAACUGCAGGAUCAUUCAUGGUGACAUUAAACCUGAUAAUUUCAUCCUUGGAGAAAAGUUUUUGGACAAUGAUACAUGUGACAUAGAUGGUCUCUCUCAUGGCUUGACACUCAUUGAUUUGGGACAGAGUAUAGACAUGAAACUCUUUCCUGAAGGAACUGCAUUUACUGCAAGGUGUGAAACGUCUGGAUUUCAAUGCAUUGAAAUGCUGACACAAAAACCAUGGAACUACCAGACAGACUACUUUGGCAUUGCAGCAACUGUCUACUGCAUGCUCUUCGGUACCUACAUGAAAGUGAAGAAUGAAAGUGGUACCUGGAAGCCUGAGGGAGCCUUCAGAAGGGUUGCUAAUGCCGAACUGUGGAAAGAGUUCUUUGACAGUAUCCUAAACAUUCCAAACUGCCAUAGCCUUCCCUCUUUGGGAGUUUUGCGCAAAAAGCUGAAGGACUUAUUUUGCAAGUCAUAUGCAAAGGAAAUAAAAUUUCUUCGGAACAGACUUGUUGUGCUCCUCAUAGAACACAAACGAUCACGAAAAUAAGCGUUUAGUUCACCAUGCUACUGAUGAGUGAAAUUUUAUGUAUGUGAAACUUUUUUUGUAAUAACUUGUUUUAAAAAUAAAUGUUCUUAGGGUCAACUUCAGGACUAAUAACUAGAGUCUUCCUAUGCUUUCAUGAAGAAAAUUACAUAAAAACAAGUAACGUAACUUUAUGAAAACCAGAUAAAGUGUUAAUCUAACUUGCCCAGCUUCAGGCAAGUUAAGUUAGAGGCAGAGGCAUUUCAGAGAUUGUCUAUAGUUGUACUAAUAUGUUGUAUAUUCUUAGAAAUAAUAAAAAAGUGAAAAGUAUUGUACAUAUAAA